AUGGCCUUGGCCAGCCCGGACAAAGGCGACGAGGCGAAGGCGGCCUACAGCCCCGAGGAUGGCCCUGAGGACAAGGCCAAGGAAGAGCAAAUGCAGAAGCUGGCUGAGUUAGAAGCGGCCCUGGCACCCUUUGCGACGAUCGAGCCCAAGGUGUCGGCCGACGCCCCCAAGGAGACAAAGGUUGAAGAAGGGGAGGCCGGCGAGGCAAGACAAGCGAAGGUCGAGGAGGGCGAUGACCCAAAGGCCUCUGAGCAAGAGGCGGACCUGCGAGAGAAGGGCAGCUUGUUUGCCAACCUUCCCCUCGACGAGAAGGGAACGGAGGCGAGAAAGAAAGCAGCAAAAUCCGCCCGAGAAAGGGAGGAGAAGGAGGAAAAGGAGAAGAUGGAGAAGCAGAAAGGCUUAAGAGCUUGGUCUCGGGACCGCAGCCGAAGCCGAAGGCCUCGUAAGGCGCGCUCGGCGCGCUCCUCCUCCAGCAAGCGCCGCAAGAAGUCGGAGGCCCUGAAAAAGGCCCGAGACCGGUCGCGUGAUCGCGAGAGGGACCGCAGAGAGAAGCGGUCACCCAAGCGGUCACCCAAGCGAUCGCCCAAGCGGUCGCCCAAGCGGUCGCCCAAGCGCUCGCCCAAGCGGUCCCCUAGGCGGUCGCCCAGGCGGUCGUCCAAGCGAUCACCCAAGCCCGUGAAACGAUCUGCCAAGCGCUCCCGAUCGCGCAGUGCACGACGGGGUCGUUCCCCUCGCCGACCGCCGUCGCCCGCAAAGCGCCGUGCUGCUCAGAAGAGUGCUAAGGCUUGCUCGUCCUCAAGUAGAGAUCGUGCAAGAAGGCGGUCGCCACCUCAGAAGAGAAAGGAGCCCGUGAAAAGCAAGGUCAAGACCCGAAGCUCCAGCUCGGACACGAAGCUCAGCCGCCGAAAGGCAAAGCCGCGGGUCCGAUGUCCCAGUUCCCCAUCUCCGGCGAAGGCCAAGGUCAAGGCAAAGACAGCGAAAGCUCCGGCCAAAGCGCCGCCCAAGAUGCCGCAGCGUGGCGAUGACAGUCUCCUCAGUGGGUCGAAGUUCGUACGCAGCCCAUCGCCGAAGAGGCUCGCAGGCAAAGAGCAACCGAAGCCGAAGGCGACGAAGAAGGCCCCGGAUUCAGCGUCCAGCUCGCCAAGCUCGCCGAGCUCCUCGCCGGCGAGGCCCAAGGCCAAGGCCACCAACGCGAUUCCGGUGAAGAAGACCGUUGCGAAGAAGAAGCUGGUGACGAGAAAGUCCGAGUCCUCUGCUUCAUCCACGUCGCCUGCGUCGCCUGCACCGAAGGUUACCAAGCCGAAGAAGAGUGCUAGUGCCAAGUCGGCAGGGAGGCAAGAGAAGCCCAAGAGCAAAUCUGUCGCUCGGCCAGCACCAAAGGCCAAAUCAGCGGCUGGUGCAAAACCACCCAAGCCACCCAAGCCAGCGGAGCCACUGUCCACCCCAUCCACUCCACAGGCCAAGCCAUCAGCAGCAAAAUCAUCCCCUCCUCAUCCACCCAGUCCUCAUCCACCCAAAGUUGGCACGCCCAAGUCCAGCACCCAGGCGAAGGAGAAGCGCGAGCAUGAGAAGAGUGAGAAGACCGAGACGGUGAAGCGGAAGAAGAAGGCGCCCAAGGCCACGAAGGCCGCAAAGGCCACGGCUGUGGCCAAAGCGGCUCCCGAGUCCAAAGGCACCGUGACUCCCGAGACCCCUGCCGGCACCCCCGCCGGGAACCCUGUGGGGAACCCUGUGGGGAACCCUGCCGGGACGCCUGCGGCAGCUGCGAAGGCCAAGGCUGCCAAAACUGCCAAGGCUGCCAAAAGUGCCAAAAGUGCCAAAAGUGCCAAGGCUGCCAAAGCCACCUCCCCUCAGACGACGGCGCCACCAAAGCCAUCGGGCAACGCGAGCGACAGCGACAGCGAUGUGGAGAUCGUCGCAGCGGACAUCAACUGGUCCUCAUCCGACAUGGCGCGCCGCUCGCAGCGCGGCCCCAAGAGGAGGGCACCCGAAGAAGUGCUUGCCGCCGCGCUCAUGGAUGUUUUGGUUCCUCAGCCAUCGGGUCCCGAUGCAGCCGACCUCUCCCCGGCCGAAGCUGCUCUGCUCCGGAGGCAGCAGAUGCGCAGGCGCCUGUCCGAACCCUCCGACUGGGCACAGCCCGUUGAUGUCACGGCCCCAGCACCACCGGAGGCCGAUGAUGACCUGCCGAAGGCCAGUGAUGGAGGGGAGAGCAAGAACGAGAAGGACAGGGAUCUGCUCGAAAAGCUGAAGACGACCCAAAAGCAGCUCUUGCAGCUCCAGCUUGGAAUCAAGCAGCAGCAGCUGGAGAAGCUGAAGGCCCGGGUCCAGCGUGGCAAGCGAUCCAGACAGGUGCUCGUGUCUGCGCGUGCAAGGCGUGUGCAAGCUCCUGCGGCCACUUCCAGAGCAAGCCCUGAGCCUUCGAUACCCCCGAUGGCUGCAGCCUACCAACCUGCAGCAUCAGCAUCGGCCGCCUCCCCGUUCAGUCCCAAAGAUCGCUCGGACAAGAAGGCGCCUACCCCGUCACCUGAACCAGGUCCACCCAGCCAGGUGAGCCAAGCCAGCCCGAGCAGCCAGGGGAGCCAAGCGGGCCAGGGGGGUCCGGCAGUUCGCAUGGGGAUGCCCCCCAAGCCUGCGCCGAAGCCGGCGGAGACCGUCGCAGCUCCUGCGCCUACGACCAAACCUGCCGUGCCCUUGGCUUCCUUGCCUCAGGUGCUUCCAGUGCCGCCCGUACAUCCGGCACUCCGGCCAGCAGCAUUGAAGAAGAGCCUCGCCGAUGCCUACUUUCAAAAGAAAGCCCAGGUGGAGAGGCAAAAAGCGCUGCUUCAGGAGGCCUUGGCGAAGCGUAAAGAGCUCUCGAGCAAGGCGGCAAAAGGCACAAGCGAUGUGGCAGCCGAGCCGGCGCCAGGAGACGGGAAGCCACAACUCAGCUGA